AUUUUGAUUCCACAAGCUUGCUGGGCUCCACGGGGAAAUACCCUUCCCUUCUGAGGUUCCCUUUGCAGCAGCGUGCAUGGUUGCUCAGCAGCAGCAGCAGGAGCGAGGUGGGUGGAAGGCAGAAUGUUUAGCUGGUUUCCUUGGAAACAGCACCCGGUCGAAGGGAAGCAGUUAUGCUGGGUACACAGCAGAGCCAGUGCGAGCGGACGACGGAGCCUUGACUUUUACUAUGGCGGAAAGCAAGCAAGAGAGGAGCCUGACUCAUCUUUUAGAUGGCUUGGAAAAGGCUCACAGAGCCGAUGUUCAACUUUACACCUCAGGGCACUUAAACCAUAACAAUCUUUAUAAGCCCCGAGAGAAUGUAAAACCAGGAUACUGGGACAGCGCCAAGAAACCAGCAAGUUUCAUGACAGCAAGAAAGCAACUCACAGCUCAAAAUAUAUGCAAGGAGACAGCCAAGAAGAUGAAAAAUAGUUUGCCUGAUUUCACCCCCAGCACCACACUGGUUCCAGUACUUGCCAAAUCUGCGUCUUCUAUCUAUAGACACUCUCAGACACUCAUGGCCAGUGUUGAUCACCCCGUGAAUGGCCCAUUAACUUCUACUCCUUUGGAAAAGCAGCUGAAAGAGCUUAAAAAGAAAAUAGAGGAGGAAACAGACAGACUCAAAAAGCCACUUAAAAGAGAAGAGUUAGAUGUGCCAGAGAUGAAGGUGUUGAAGUACAAGCCAGUUAAGAACAGCCGACGUUGUGCUGCUGAAGUUGCUAAGGAUGAGUACCAGUUUAUGCCUUCAUAUUUGGCUGGAGUGACUAAAACUGAUCAGUUUAACAAGUUUUUACAUUUUCAGAGGGAUUUCAUUGCCAAGCAUGAUCUGCUAGAGAAUGACAUCAUUGGGAGCAAAGCAUCAGAGCGGCAUGAAAGGAAGCUGGCUCAGGAGCUCCAGAAGAUCUGUGAUUGCAACCGUCCCCAUUUCAAACGGUUGCAGGUCUUUGGGGAUGUGUUUGAAGAUAUUUGCAACAGCUCUUUGAUAUUUGGUGAUAUUCUGAAGGAAGUUAAGAAUGAAUAUGAGCUCUACAUGGUGAUACUUUUGGAUUCUCUGCCUACAACACAAUACCAGACACUGAUGGCUCAGGUGAAAGGUAUGGGGAAAAGACCCGUGAAGGCACAAGAAAUAGAAGCGAUCAGGCGAGAAGUACAGACCCUUGUGAAAAAAGCCAAAAGUGUCUUGGAGAGAAAUGAAGAACUCAGAAAUGAAUUAGAAAUUCAGCUGUGGGUGAGCCAGUCUCCUGAGAGUAAAACCGUUCCAGAGACCUCCGGUGACCAUGCUAUGAAACUGCCUGAAGAGAAACAUCUCUCCCUUGCUGAACAGAUUGAAUCUAUGAGGUGCCAAGUUCUUGCUAAGUGGGAGGAAAUGCAAGCGAUAGAGAAAGAGAUUCGAGAAACCAUGACUCAUGCUGGGAUGGCAAAUACUAUAGAGAAGACGGUUAAAGACAUAGAGGCGGAAGCUCUCAAACUCAACUCAGCCAACAACUUCCUUCAACACCAAAUCAAAGAAGUUCAAUACAACAUCACAGACAUCUUAAAUAGACAGAAGGUCACCCAGGAAAGUCAGCGAAAGUUAUGGGAGAGGCUGAAGACAUUCUUAUCACCUGAAGAUAAUGAACCAACUUCAGACAAUUCAGAAGAACGUGUAGGAAGAUAAAUCGUAGAUGCCUUGAAUGUAUACUUGACACCUUGAAACCAUGCAAAUGAAAUCCAAAUAUGAAAAACUGAUGUUGAGUCUCAGAAUUAAGUAUAAUAAUGCAAUGUCAGAAAUAGAAAUGCAUGCCAUUUUCUUUACACAAAUUAUCAUGGUUUGGUAUUCUGUAUAUUUAUAGAGAGAUUACUGUAUACUAUCUAGAAAAUGCCCUGCAUUAGUAAUAGCAAUCGUUUAAGUAGCUGUGCCUUUUCCAUGCAGCUUUCAAUAGAAGCUGCCCUCGCUUAGUCAUGGAACUUUAUUAUGCAAGUGGCAGAGGUUAUUUAUUAAACUCCCAAGAUGGAACUCACAACUAAAAGCUAUUCAAGUAAAUGAAAGCUGCAGCUUCUAAAUAAGAUCUAUUUAUAUCAUUGUGUGCAAAGACUUUCUAGCAAGUAAUGCAUUCAGGAAUUGAUUUGGUCUGGUAUACAGUAGUAUGGCAUACUGGCACAUCUCCUGGAAGCCUUCUUGUUCUACAGAAUCUCAGCUUCCAUUUUAGAAAAAUAAACCUCUAGCUGUUACUUUGCAAAAAACAAAACAAAACAAAAUCCCUUGAAAACACAAACCAAGUAUAUGUGAAGCAGCAAUGUCUACCUGAAUUUGCAGAGUGCCUGAAAAGAUAGCUCAGAAGUGUGUAUUGCCCCGUUCAUUUCAAAAUUCAGAUGCCAGUGAGGAUAUUUUAAGUGUCAACUUUAACUAUUUCACUGCCAGUAACAGCUCAUUUUGUUGCCAGGCAACAAGAGGGAGAGUACUCAUACUAAUUAUUUUCCCCAAUCAAAAAGGUGCCCAAACCCAGGAGCCUAAGGGGACAUUUCACAUUCCACCCAGGCUAUGUCUACAUUGCACAGCUAAAUAACUCCUGACUUGUCCCUGGGUCUGAGCAGCCAGAUAAAUUCAGCCCAGACAUGAGUAUCCCCACUGUAGUGGCCAAUUUGUGUCUACAGGCAUAUUCUAUAGUUCUUUUCCAGUUAGUUGUCAGUUGUCCAAUCUGGGAAAGAUACUGGAGGACUGUCAGAACUUGAGUAAUUUAACCACAUUCUCACUGCAAAGGGGCAGGUUCUAGACUGAAGUCUAACCUGCAUCCCCAGUGGGGUAAGAUAACCUGAACUUAAAGCUGGGUCACAGGUUUUUUUUUAUAUGGAUGGUCGGGGGUGGAGGUGUCAGACUAAAACCUCUGUGCAGCAUAGAAGUACCCUGAGAGAGAACCAAGCCCAGGAGGCUGAUAAAGCCUCUGGGUGCAUUUGAAUCCCACUAAAGUGAAACUAAACCCAAGAGGCUCAGAGACCAUGUCUGAUCAAACUUUGAACAUAUGCGCAAUCUGCAGAGUGCAGCCUCUCCUUUUGGCAUCUGCAAUGAGUAGAGUUUGGAAGAGCACAUCUACCUUCUCUUUUUACAGGUCAGCCUUUGACUCAGGCCCAAGAACAAAGUUUAGAUGGAUAUCUGCAUUUUAGGAUUGUGAUGGGUUGGAUCACAGAAGCCCCUUUGGGAGCUGAUACCUGGUGUGCCAAGACUACCUUUGCCCCUG